GUGGCGAUCUGGCAAAACGUUACAGUACAAGCAAACCAACCAAUCCAGGAAAUUGUGUGCUGCUGCUUGUUACAGGAAAAGAAGACGUCAUGCAGCCCUCUAACGUCUGUUGGUCCUUGAUGAAAUGGAUGGCCCAGCUGGCCUUGAUGUUUCUCACUAUUCAAGGUGGGGUCAUAUCUGUAUAGAAUCAGAAUCCUAUUUCUUGGCAUGUCUCUGUCUACAGACGGUGGUUUGAAGCUUACACUACUACAGUUUAUGGGUUGAAUUGAAGGUGUUGUCUCCUGUAUUUGUUCACCUUGGUCAUUAACAUUAACUCAGUUUUGUCUCCACCUCUUUCAGCUCAAAACUGCACCAAACCCAUAGGAGGGCCAAACAUGGUUUUGUCAGAUGCCUUCAUCCUUCAAGAGACAUUUGUAGACGGAGCAACAGUCACUUUUGACUGUGCAAUUGGAUAUGUCCGUGCAGGAGGGUCUCAUACAGUCACCUGUACUGCUGGCGUGUGGAGUGAAGUGAAACUGAUAUGCGAAAGUAAUAUAAUUGUCUUUGUUUUUGUUCUUUAAAGUUAUGCCAUAUUCUUGUAAAUGUUUCCAGUUUUUAGUUACCCACUCGCAACUUGAUAUAUUCAUUGCCCAUCCAUAGAUCUUAUUGAAAUACUAGCCUGGAAUUCGGACCUGUUUUGUGCUAACAUUCAACUCUUUGCCACUCUGUCAUUUUGAAAGUCUGACUGGUUUUCUCUAUGGUUGUUUCAGGGAAGUCGUGUGGCUCCCCAGGAGAAGUGAUGAACGGCAAUUUUGAUCUCUCUGAGGGGGUCUUGUUUGGCGACAAGGUUGUUGCUACCUGUAACACUGGGUCAGUGCAAGGCUAUUUGCUUUCUCUCUCUCUCUCUCUCUCCUCCCCCCCGAAUGCUUUCUUGAGUGUUAGAUGUGAUUUCUUAGAGUUAACAUGUCAACUGUCAUGUUUCACAAAGCUGUCCAUUUGAAGGCCUACUUUUGUGAUUUCCAAAUAGGCCUUAAUCAAACUUCCCCUACCUAAAAGCUCAACCAAAUGUUUUUAUUUUUUGAAUAUUAUCCGUCAUUAAUAUCUUGAUCAGAGCUGUGAACAGUCUCUGUUGUAACCCUUGUUGUCCUAAAAGCAAAGCUCCAGAUACUGUCUCAUAUUGUCUAAUCUUUCUCUUUUUCAGCUAUUUGCUUGUGGGCAGCAGUGUAAGGACCUGUAUGGACGGAGGCUGGGAUGGCAGAGUUCCUGUAUGUGAAGGUUAGUAAUCUGAAGGAGCAUGUCAAGUGAAAAUAACAAUAACUUUAACAGUUCUGUGCUUGUGCCUAAAUCAAAACUCUUCAUAACUGAUCAUAACUGUGGUUGUGCUCUAAUCUGCAGUGGUGAAGUGUGGAAAGCCCCCCACCAUUGUCAACGGUGGGCCUGUUGUCCCACCUGAAGAGACGUAUAACUAUGGAAGUGUAGUGCAAUAUGGCUGUGAGAAGGAUUACACUCUGGUUGGAACAAAAUUCAUAACCUGCUCUGAGAAUGGAGAAUUCCAGCCAGCUCCACCUGAGUGUAAAAGUACGUUGAUAGCUUUCCUUUUUUACCAUUCUUUUUUUAAAUGGUCGUAAGUAUGGUUGUUGACAAAACCAUAGAACUGCUCACAUGAACUGCUCACGCUCAUCAAAUCUAUUUGGGCUUCCACUUCCUUCCUCCACCACACAAUCGUGGGCACCGUCAGGGUCCAGACAACCUUAUGUAGCAGGCGUAAAAGAAAAUGCCUGAGUGGAGUUCCCACAUCCGGUUUUCAGCGGAAAGGAAGGUUAAAUUAGCUGUAUCCUUGAAAACCAGAUGCAUCCGGUUGUUGGCAACUCCUCUAAGACUAGGGUCCAGAUGACGACCUCUGAAAAAUUAAUUUAUAAAUAUCACAGUAUCUAGCCUAACAAAAUGAAACAUCAAAUCAAAUCAAAUCACAUUUUAUUGGUCACAUGCGCCGAAUACAACAGGUGCAGACAUUACAGUGAAAUGCUUACUUACAGCCCUUAACCAACAGUGCAUUUAUUUUAAACAAAAAAAAGUAAAAAUAAAACAACAACAAAAAAAAGUGUUGAGGAAAAAAAAGAGCAGAAGUAAAAUAAAUUGACAGUAGGGAGGCUAUAUAUACAGGGGGGUACCGUUGCACCGGCUAGUUGAGGUAGUUGAGGUAAUAUGUACAUGUGGGUAGAGUUAAAGUGACUAUGCAUAAAUAAUUAACAGAGUAGCAGCAGCGUAAAAAGGAUGGGGUGGGGGGGCAGUGCAAAUAGUCCGGGUAGCCAUGAUUAGCUGUUCAGGAGUCUUAUGGCUUGGGGGUAGAAGCUGUUGAAGUCUUUUGGACCUAGACUUGGCACUCCGGUACCGCUUGCUGUGCGGUAGCAGAGAGAACAGUCUAUGACUAGGGUGGCUGGAGUCUUUGACAAUUUUGAGGGCCUUCCUCUGACACCGCCUGGUAUAGAGGUCCUGGAUGGCAGGAAGCUUUGCCCCAGUGAUGUACUGGGCCGUACGCACUACCCUCUGUAGUGCCUUGCGGUCGGAGGCCAAGCAGUUGCCAUACCAGGCGGUGAUGCAACCAGUCAGGAUGCUCUCGAUGGUGAAGCUGUAGAAUUUUUUGAGGAUCUGAGGACCCAUGCCAAAUCUUUUCAGUCUCCUGAGGGGGAAUAGGCUUUGUCGUGCCCUCUUCAUGACUGUCUUGGUGUGUUUGGACCAUGAUAGUUCGUUGGUGAUGUGGACACCAAGGAACUUGAAGCUCUCAACCUGUUCCACUACAGCCCCGUCGAUGAGAAUGGGGGCGUGCUCAGUCCUCUUUUUUUUCCUGUUGUCCACAAUCAUCUCCUUUGUCUUGGUCACGUUGAGGGAGAGGUUGUGUUCCUGGCACCACUCGGCCAGAUCUCUGACCUCCUCCCUAUAGGCUGUCUCAUCGUUGUCGGUGAUCAGGCCUACCACUGUUGUGUCGUCGGCAAACUUAAUGAUGGGCUUAAACAUAAGCACAGAUGUGCAUGAGACAGGCUAAGCAAGCAGUCUAAAACAUGUAUAAUGUGUAGGCCUAUUCUAAAAACCAUGAUGCAACAUUGAGCUCAGAGGAAGUGGGUUACAAUCGGGUUGGAACCGAAAUUAUUUUCUAAUCAUUUAGUUCUGAACAGAACCAGUAUUAUUUUUGUUCCGUUCCACUGUUCCGACCUGCAAAAUAAAGUUUGGAACCAGUUGGAAGCCCCAAAAAGUACUGGUUUAUAUAAUUCCUUUAUGUUCCUUAAUUAUUAUUUUUUUUUUUUACAUUUAGCUUGAUGUUAAAUUACUUCACAAAUGAGUGUGGAUAGAGCAGCAUUUUAUGGAGCAGGCAAGCUAUAGCCUAGUUGUUUAGUGUAGUGUGUGAGAUGCGACUGACAUUUUGCAGAUGGGGAGAGAGCGAGAAGGUGGAGGAGGAGGCUUGGCUUGAAAUGCUGAGCAUCUUUUAUUACAUGCGUUAUCUGAAUUAGGCCUAUAGAAUUAUACCUAUGGAGGAACUUUGAAUGUCUUUGAACUUCUGAGAGUUGGUUUAAAGUGGGUCAGAGCUAGCUAGCUAGCUAGCUAGCUAAAAAGCUUGUGUGUGCAGAGCGACACCAGAAUUAAAAUCACGUCUUACCUUUUCGUAGUUAAUAAAUCCGAAGUGAAACGUGAUAACUAUAGUAUCCUUAACUAACAAUGAAAGAGUUAAUCCAUUCUUCUGUAAUUAAAAAUCUCUCCCUAAUUUCUGAAUCACGCUUGUAAUGUCAGUAGUAGCCUAUGCUUCGGAGGGGAAGGGGCAGGUACACAAAGUGAGGUCUUCGCAUAGGCUCUUUUUAUUUAUUUUUAUGAAUUACCCCCUUUUUCUCCCCAAUUUCUUGAUAUCCAAUUGUGAUGAAAUUAUGAUCUUGUCUCAUCGCUGCAUCUCCCCAACGGGGAAGUUAUUUUCCGGUCUUCGGUUCUGUUCCCUGAACCGGUUCCAACCCCUUGUUACAAUAGAAUCUACCCUAUUUAUUGAAUAGAUAAUGAUUAGUUGCAGGAUUCAUAAAUGGGUGGUUAUAACAUUUAUUUAUUACUUCAAGUAGCCUAUAACUUGUAGCUAAUUACAUCUCUCUUUGUUUAUGUCUGCAGUGGUCUCAUGUCCUCGUCCUGUUGUUGAGAAUGCCGUUCGGAUUGAAGGCCGUCCCCCCUAUAUGUACAAGUCUUUUGUGACAUAUAAGUGCAACGCUGGAUAUGAGAUGGAUGGACAAGCCAGUCUGACCUGUGAAAUAGAAGGC